AUGAAGUUCAUCGCCUCGAUCUCCGCCAUCAUCGCAGCCUGCGCGCUGACCGCCUCCGCCGACGUGUCGACGGGCCCCGCGUGGGGCUACCGCGCCAAUGACGCCAGUAUGGUGCACACGUCCAAGUGGGCUGACCACUGGAAGGCCUGUGGAGGGGUGCGCCAGUCGCCCAUCGACAUCAAGACUGUCGCCAAGGCGGGCAAGGGCAAGAGGAGCCCGCUCAGCUUCAGCGGCCAAUGCUCGCAGUACAACCUGACGGAGCCCCACGAGCCGCUCGAGGUGGACGUCAUCGGAGGCUCCUGCGUUGCUACGGUGAACAGCGCGAGCUACAAGAUGGCGCAGUUCCACCUGCACGCUCCGUCGGAGCACACGGUCGACGGCAAGGCCCACGACGGCGAGAUCCACUUCGUGCACAAGAGCAGCGACGGCGCCGCUCUGUUGGUGGUCGGCAUCUUCUUGGACAUUGCUCCCCAGUCGGACGACUGGCUGGGGCCGGUGCUUGACGCCCUCGAGAACGUCAACUCUGCCCACGCCAAGCACGAGGCUAUCACUGUGCAGCUGAAAUCCUACUCGAGUCUCAUCCGAAAGGCCAGCAAGACCGACGGCAUCUACAACUACCCGGGCAGCCUCACGACGCCGGGGUGCGACGAGACGGCGGACUGGUGGGUGCUGCAGACGCCGAUCCAGAUCUCGUCUGCCGACUUCACCCGCCUCCACAAGGACCUGCUCGAGUACCACAUCACGGACGACGGCAACAACGCGCGCCCGGUGCAGCCUCUGAACGGCCCCUCGUCCGCCGCCGCCGCGCUGCGCCGCCGCCAGGACCCGAAGCUCGCGCAGAAGUUCAACCUGGCCGCGCUGAACGGCGGCAAGAGCCCCUUCGUCGUGUCGAGCAACCGCCUCCUCAAGGUCAACAAGAAGCCGCAGGCCUCGGUCACGGACAAGUUCUCGCUCGAGUACCUGCUGGGCCCCAGCAAGCCCCAGGCGGGCAAGAAGCUGGAGAAGAAGAAGAACCCCUUCAACGUCGCCAGCUCCAAGCUCAUGUGAGCGGCAAUAUACCGUCACCAUGCAGCCCCUUCACCAUACCUCUCAGCACACCCAACACAGUAACCACCACCAUAAUCUACUCUAGUCAUAUUAGCCGGCUGC